AAAAAAUAUUAGUCGAAAAUAUAUUGAUUAAGCAAAAUGACUGAAUUAGAUAAACGAUCCAAAUAUUCAGAUGAUAUGUCAAAUGAGCAUGAUGACUUAUCAACUGAGCAUGGUCAUAUAUCAAAUGAACAUGGUGAUACACCAACAGUUAAAUAUCAAAUGGAAUUGGUUUGGCGUAAUAUCAUAUUAAUGUUAUUCGUCCACUUGUCGGCUAUCUAUGGUUUAUAUUUGGCAAUGUUUUACGCAAAACUAGAAACAGUUGUAUUUAUGUUAAUAUUGGCUCUCAUGUCAUCGUUUGGAGUUCAGUGUGGGGCACAUAGACUAUGGUGUCACCGGACAUAUAAAGCCAAACUUCCGCUUCAAAUCAUAUUAGCUGUCUUUCACAUACUGGCGCUCGAGAACGAUAUCUAUGAGUGGAGUCGUGACCAUAGGGUUCACCACAAGUACUCGGAAACUGAUGCCGACCCGCAUAACGCUAAAAGGGGUUUCUUUUUUGCUCACGUAGGUUGGCUUUUAUGUAAAAAACAUCCGGAAGUCCUGGAAAAGGGUAAAACUGUUGAUAUGAGUGAUCUCGAGAAUGACCCUCUAAUUCAAUUUCAACGAACAUUUUAUAUACCACUCAUUGGAUUAAUUUGGGGAUUCCUUCCCACAUAUAUCCCGUACUUGUUAUGGGGGGAGACAUUAUGGAUAUCAUAUUUUACAUGUAUUAUGUUGAGAUACGCGUUCACACUUAAUGUUACAUGGUGUGUUAACAGUGCCGCUCAUUUAUGGGGUACCAAGCCAUACGAUAAAAGCAUAAAUCCUGUUGAAUGUGUUAUAAGGCAUAUCAUGUUUGGUGAGGGUUUCCAUAACUAUCACCACACAUUUCCAUGGGAUUACUCUGCCAGUGAGUUUGGUGCGUGGCGUGUGUUCAAUCCGGCCACACUUUUCAUUGAUAUGUUUGCAUUGAUUGGAUGGGCCUAUGAUUUGAAAAAGCCAUCCAAAGAAGUCAUUAAUAACCGUAUGAAAAGAAGCGGUGAUUUUAAUUACAAAUCGAUGCCAUUUAUUCAUGAGGUUAUCUCAAGUAUGGCCACAUUAUUAUGUAUUAUAUCACCAUUUAUUUUGGGAUUUUGGAUCAGAAAGUUUAACAAAUAA